UUAUCCUUUGAAAAAUGAAGGUAGAUGUGUUGGAAAAGUCGCAGUUUCCUGGCAGCUUCCUAUAACAAGAAGCAUAAUAAUAAUAAACUGAUAGCCUCUCAAUUCUCAGUAUUUUCCCCUGAAUCAAAUUGGUUCGACGGUGAAUUGAUAAACCCUAGUCGAAUAAUGUCAUCCUCUUUUCCUCUCCUCUUCUCGAUUCUUCUCUGUAUCACUUCAACUGCAGUCGGUGAGAUCCGUUACUCCGAGAUCCGAUCCGAUGGUCGGCCGAUUAUCCCCUUCGACGAGUUCGGCUUCACCCACCGAGGCCAGCUUGAGCUCAACGUUACCCAACUCACCCUCGCAGGCCCCAAUUCCGAUCUCUCCACCCUAGACCUAUCCAAAGUCGGAUUCUUCCUCUGUACCCAGGACGCCUGGAUCCACGUACUACAGCAAAUUGAAGACGGCGAGAUCACCUGCACUCUGAAAUCCGAAUCCAUCGACAAGGUCUUCACCUUCGAUCGUCUCCCAGACCCCAACACAAAAAGCUUCAAUUUCUUGUACCCGGAAUCCAAUGCCGAUCAGUACUCACUUGUAUUCGCCAAUUGCCUUCCUCAACUCAAGGUCUCUAUGAACGUUCGCUCCGCCAUGUACAACCUGGAAAACGGCAAGUCUAAUCGCCGGGAUUAUCUUAGCGCUGGAAAGACAAUUUUACCACGGGUUUAUUUCUUGUUUUUUAUUGUAUAUUUUGUGCUCGCUGCUGUCUGGAUUAAUAUUUUGUACAGGAAGAGAUCGACUGCCUUUAGAAUUCAUUUCUUUAUGCUUGCCGUUGUGAUCUUGAAAGCCUUCAAUUUACUGUGUGAGGCGGAGGAUAAGUCUUAUAUCAAGCGAACUGGAUCAGCUCAUGGCUGGGAUGUGUUAUUUUACAUAUUUAGCUUCUUGAAGGGGAUUACUUUGUUCACUUUGAUUGUGUUGAUUGGGACUGGAUGGUCGAUCCUUAAGCCGUAUUUGCAGGAUAAAGAAAAGAAGGUUUUAAUUAUUGUGAUCCCACUUCAGGUGGUUGCCAAUAUAGCUCAAGUUGUCAUUGAUGAGACUGGACCAUAUGGUCAAGAUUGGAUGACAUGGAAACAGGUGUUCCUGCUUGUUGAUGUUGUUUGCUGUUGUGCAGUGCUUUUCCCGAUCGUUUGGUCAAUCAAGAACUUGCGGGAAGCGGCAAGGACUGAUGGAAAAGCUGCAGUGAACUUGAUGAAAUUGACUUUGUUUAGACACUACUACAUUGUUGUGAUAUGCUACAUUUACUUUACAAGGGUUGUGGUUUAUGCAUUGGAGACAAUUACUUCUUAUAAGUAUCUUUGGACUAGUGUGGUGGCAGGGGAGUUGGCUACACUGGCAUUUUAUGUGUUCACAGGGUACAAAUUCAAGCCGGAGGCACACAAUCCAUAUUUCGUGAUCGAUGAUGAAGAGGAGGAGGCUGCAGCUGAGCAGUUGAAGUUGGAAGAUGAGUUUGAACUGUGAUCUGCCAAUGUUGUGAGAAUAUCAUAUUUGCAUGAUCAAAUUGGAGAAGAUUGAUGUAGAUGUUGGUCAUUUUAAACAAGUUGUCUAGUUAUAUGUGGCUAAAUUUUCUGUGCAUGUGUUACUUGAGUUAGUCGUGCAAUUUUAUAGACUUUAAUAUCCAUUCGUGAAUUUUGAUGAACAUAGCAUAUUUUUGUGAAAAUGGAAAAUAAUGUCUAUGAGGUUAAGAUCUUGUGGCUUAGUUUA